CUUUCCGGAGUGGCCUGCAUGGUCUGUCAGGGCGCCGCUCACUCGGUCCUCUGGCCCCACCGUGUUUCCAGUGCACCGGGAGGUUGGCCCGGGGCUGCUGUUUGCCGAGAUUCCUUUUUCAUUUCUUAAGCACAAAUAAGGCAGAGGAAAAAAUCACACAUAAUCCGCCACUGAGCUGCGCCUGGGCGAUGCCGGCGGUCGGAGUGAAGCGUGUCUCGCCACGGCGCAUGUGCAGAAGCCCCACCUGCUGUCUUCUCAUCUGCUCUCUCCACCUCCGAGCCGGGAAACUCAUCUCUGCGUCGUGACUCGCGAUGCGCGAGGGAGCUCGUGUGGGCAGGACCCCCGGCUGCCCGGGUGCCGCCUGGGAGGAGCUGGUCCUGGGGACGUGGUGUCACAGCUUCUCCGCGGCAGCCAUGGGGUCUGAGGAUCAUGGGGCCCAGAACCCGAGCUGUAAAAUCAUGACGUUUCGCCCAACCAUGGAGGAAUUUAAGGACUUCAACAAAUAUGUGGCCUACAUCGAGUCCCAGGGAGCCCACCGGGCGGGCCUGGCCAAGAUCAUCCCCCCAAAGGAGUGGAAGCCCCGGCAGACGUACGAUGACAUCGAUGAUGUGGUCAUCCCGGCGCCCAUCCAGCAGGUGGUCACAGGCCAGUCAGGCCUCUUCACACAGUACAACAUCCAGAAAAAGGCCAUGACUGUCGGGGAGUACCGCCGCCUGGCCAACAGCGAGAAGUACUGUACCCCGCGGCACCAGGACUUCGAUGACCUGGAGCGCAAGUACUGGAAGAACCUGACCUUCGUGUCCCCCAUCUACGGGGCAGACAUCAGCGGCUCUCUGUACGACGACGACGUGGCCCAGUGGAACAUCGGGAGCCUGCGGACCAUCCUGGACAUGGUGGAGCGUGAGUGCGGCACCAUCAUCGAGGGCGUCAACACCCCCUACCUGUACUUCGGCAUGUGGAAGACCACCUUCGCCUGGCACACGGAGGACAUGGACCUGUACAGCAUCAACUACCUGCACUUCGGGGAGCCCAAGUCCUGGUACGCCAUCCCGCCGGAGCACGGCAAGCGCCUGGAGCGGCUGGCCAUCGGGUUCUUCCCCGGGAGCUCCCAGGGCUGUGAUGCUUUCCUGCGGCACAAGAUGACCCUCAUCUCGCCCAUCAUCCUCAAGAAGUACGGCAUCCCGUUCAGCCGGAUCACACAGGAGGCCGGGGAGUUCAUGAUCACGUUUCCCUACGGCUACCACGCUGGAUUCAAUCACGGCUUCAACUGUGCAGAAUCUACCAAUUUCGCCACUCUGCGGUGGAUCGAUUACGGCAAGGUGGCCACUCAGUGCACGUGCCGGAAGGACAUGGUCAAGAUCUCCAUGGACGUGUUCGUGCGCAUCCUGCAGCCGGAGCGCUACGAGCUGUGGAAGCAAGGCAAGGACCUGACCGUGCUCGACCACACCCGGCCCACGGCCCUGAGCAGCCCAGAGCUGAGCACCUGGAGCGCCUCCCGGGCCUCGCUCAAGGCCAAGCUCCUGCGCAGACAAAUUAGUCUGAAAGAAAACAGACACUGGAGAAAGACUGAGGAGGACAGAAAGGCCAGUCUAGAAAGGAAGAAAGAGCAGCCCAGGAGGCCGGGGCCGCCGUCCCACCGGAAAAGGAGCCAGCCCAAGAAGCCCAAGCCGGAAGACCCCAAGUCACCAGGGGAAGGGGCCACAGGGGCCACCCUCCUGGAGGAGCCCGGCAGCCUGAAGGAGGAGGCCUCGCAGGAGGCGGACCCGGAGGAGGAGGAGGAGGAGCCCCAGCCGAUGCCACCGCAGGGUCGGGAGGCUGAGGCCACGGAAGAAGACGGGAGGGGCAAGCUGCGGCCGGCCAAGGCCAGGAGCGACAGGAAGAAGAAGAGCUAUGGUCCUCCACACCCCCACCACCCCCUCUUGCCCCAGCUGCCGCCGCCCCCACCCACCCAGUUCCCCGCCGAGGAGGCGCCCCGGCCGCUGCCCCCGUUGGAGCCCCCGGUACUGGCCCCGGGCCCCGUGCCCGCUGAGGAGAACCCCCUGCCGCCACCUCUCAACGUCGUGCCCCCCGAGGCACCUGGCGAGGAGCCAGAGGUGAAGCCGCGCCCCAUCAUCCCCAUGCUGUAUGUGGUGCCGCGGCCCGGCACGGCGUGUGACAAGGGCCGCGUGUCCUGCCAGCAGGACUUUGAGCACUUUGCCCAGAGGGGCCCCACCUGGAAGGAACAGGCGGCCCCCAUGGAGCUGACGGGUCCCGAGGAGGAGAGCGGAGCCGGCGAGGUACAGGCCCCGUCCACGUUUUCCAAACUGAAGAUGGAGAUCAAGAAGAGCCGGCGCCACCCCCUGGGCAAGCCGCCCACCCGUUCCCCGCUGACCGUGGUCAAGCAGGAGGCCUCGAGUGAUGAGGAAGCUUUCCCUUUCUCCGGGGAGGAGGACAUGAGUGACCCCGAGGCCUCGAGGCCUUUGCUCUCCCUGCAGUGGAAGAACAAGACUGCCAGUUUCCAGGCCGAGAGGAAGUUCAAUGCCGCGGCCGCGCUCGCCGAGCCCUUCUGCGCCAUCUGCACCCUCUUCUACCCCUACAGCCAGUCCCUACAGACCGAGAAGGAGGCUCCCCAGGCCUCCCUCGGGGAGGGUCCCUCGGCUGCUCCGCCUUCCAAAAGUGGCCAGAAGACUCGGCCGCUGGUCCCCGAGAUGUGCUUUACUGCCAGCGGCGAGAACACGGAGCCCCUGCCCGCCAACUCCUACAUCGGAGACGACGGGACCAGCCUGCUGAUAGCCUGCGCCAAGUGCUGCCUGCAGGUCCACGCCAGCUGCUACGGCAUCCGCCCCGAGCUGGUGAACGAAGGCUGGACGUGUUCCCGGUGCGCGGCCCACGCCUGGACUGCGGAGUGCUGUCUCUGCAACCUCCGGGGAGGAGCCCUGCAGAUGACGACCGACCGGAGGUGGAUCCACGUGAUCUGCGCCAUCGCCGUCCCCGAAGCGCGCUUCCUGAACGUGAUGGAGCGCCACCCCGUGGACAUCAGCGCCAUCCCUGAGCAGCGGUGGAAGCUGAAGUGCGUGUACUGCCGGAAGCGCAUGAAGAAGGUGUCGGGCGCCUGCAUCCAGUGCUCGUGCGAGCACUGCUCCACGUCCUUCCACGUGACCUGCGCCCACGCCGCCGGGGUCCUCAUGGAGCCGGACGACUGGCCCUACGUCGUCUCCAUCACCUGCUUCAAGCACAAGUCAGGGGGCCACCCCGUGAGUGCCCCGCCCGCCCCCGCCCUCCGCCCCCAGCCUCCGCCCGCGCUGACGCAGCCUGUCCCCUCCCGCCCCCAGGCCCAGUUCCUGAGGGCCGUGUCCUUGGGCCAGACGGUCAUCACCAAGAACCGCAACGGUCUCUACUACCGCUGCCGGGUCAUCGGCGCCAGCGCGCAGACCUUCUACGAGGUGAACUUCGACGACGGGUCCUACAGCGACAACCUGUACCCGGAGAGCAUUACUAGCAGGGACUGCGUCCGGCUGGGACCCCCGCCCGAGGGGGAGUUUGUGGAGCUGCGGUGGGCCGACGGCAACAUGUACAAGGCCAGGUUCAUUUCCUCCGUGACGAGCCACGUCUACCAGGUGGAGUUCGAGGACGGGUCCCAGCUGACGGUGAAGCGUGGGGACAUCUUCACCCUGGACGAGGAACUCCCCAAGAGGGUCCGGUCGCGGCUGUCGCUCAGCACGGGGGCGCCGCGGGAGACCGCCUUCUCGGGGGAGGACGUCCAGGCCGCCAAGCGCCCGCGGGUGGGCGCCCCGCGGGCCCCCGAGGACUCAGGGCGUAACCCGGACUGCCUGGCGUUCAUGGAGAGCCUCCUGCAGGCGCAGUGCCGGCCCGGGGCCCCGUUCUAGGACAGCCAGCCGCCCGGCGACCCCUCGGCCCAGCAAGGCAGGUGGCGGCGGGCCCUGGCGUUCGCUUGCUGUGAAGUCCUUCCUCGCCUCCCCCGGCCCUGAGAGGCUACCUCCGCGCGCGGCCGCCCCGCUCCGUGGCGACAGGAGCGAGCAGGACGCCGGCGCGCGGCCCGGACUCAGGGAGCAGGGCCACGCGGGCUCUGGGGGGUCCGGCCGGGGACUUGCUACCCUCCCCCCACGACUCAGAUCCGUAAACCAUGUAAGCUCUUCUUCUCGAAAAGGUGCUACUGCAUUGCCUGCCUCCUGAGCAGCCUUUGAGAUUGUGACUUCUGUACAGACAUCACCUUUGUGAGGCUCUUUCUAGAAAUACCUAUUGUUUAAAAAAAAAAAACCCGAGAAAAAAAGGAAAACGAAGAAAAGGAAAAAAAUCCCCAACGUUGUUUUCUAGAUUUGUGGCUUUAACAAUGAAGCAAAACGAAACAAAAAUGUUCUUUUUCUCAGAACCAAGAUACACCGAGGGAGAUAAAAGCAUCUCGUUUUUUUUUUGUUUGUUUGUCGUUGUUUUAAAACCUCGCUUGUCUCCGUGAGCAGCAGGGAGGCCCGGGCAGGGCGACGGGGCCAGGCACGGUCAUGGGCCUGGCCCUUGUCUCCCCACGACUUGGCGAAGGUCCGGGCGGCUGGUCCCGCCUCCUCGGCCCACGCCCCAGCUCUGUGCCGACAGGAGGAGGCUGGUCGCGCGCUUUGGAGGCGACCGUGUCGCGGGGGUCCAGGAGUCCCUCUCUUGUCCGCGCACGCUGUCACAGAAUAAACACUCUCUCCUCUGGUUUGCUUCUUCCCCUGGUGAAAACCCACCGCACCGCUGAGGCCUCCAGUGUUUGCAGAAAUGCUCCGUGUCCCCAGAGUGUCCCCAGCACCGCCCAGGGGCCCUCCUGUCGCCCUCCUCCCGCUGGGUGGGUGGCAGGCUGCCUGUAGCCUGCUGGGGAGAGACGAUGCGGGGCCACGCAGGCCUCCGGGUGGCCUGAGUCUGGCUGUUUCCCUGUGCGGGCGAGGCCUGUGUCCCUGGGCUCUGGCCACCCAGGCACCCCCCACCCCGGCCCCCGGAUUGGCUGCUGUCUGCGUGCAGAGGGACGCACACCUUGGACCCCGAGAGGCCAGUGGCACCCUGUGUCCCAUUGGGAAGUGUGGAUUUGUGCGUCUUGGGGGGCAGCUGGAGAGAACCAGACCCACCUCCGGAGAGCUGGGGGUUGGAUUUAUGAGAGCGUGCCUGCGAGGGGCUUGGGAACCCCCUGCCCCCUGCCCCGGGGAGCCUUCCCCCUUGCGGGAGGGCCCCUGCUGUCCUGCCCAAGGACCGACAGCAUAAUUUUGCUUGUGUUAAAAAAAAAAAAAAAAAAAAAAAAUUAAAAAUUAAAAAAAAGAGUGUUCUGAUGGUUACCAGGCCAGAAAGAACUAUUAUAAGGAGACCGGAAGGAAUGUAAAUGAGCCGGGAACCUUUCAUUUGCUUGGUGGGGGGGCGGGGGGCAGGUGCCCUGGAGCGGGGCGGGGCGGGAGGCCCGGAGGGGAGUCAGCCGGGAUAUGGGGGUUUCCCCGCCCAGACGCGGCACUGUGUUCAUAUGUAGUUUGAAAAUGCUAUUUAUAUUGUAAAGAGAACAAAAAGCGGGCUGGCCCUCUGGGUCGGGGUUCGGGGGGCCAGACCCAGGGGGUCUUUUUGGGUCUAGGGUGACGUGCAGACAGGCCGCAGCUCAACAGGGGAGACACACGUUUCCUCGCAAAGGUAUAUCCGUGUCUAUGUACAAAAACGAAAAACAAAAAAAACCACCCACUCUGAUUUUUCUCCCACCCGAGAUUAAGGAUGCGCUGUAUUUUUGCCUAAUUUCCCCUGCCUCUAGGUUCAUAAUGAAUUAAAGGCUCGUGAGCACUGCGAAUUACA